AUGACAUUCACGCAUUUGAUUGUCUUUUUGAGUAUUGGGCUUUGCCAAGCGAAAUUGCGGGCCAAUGUGAUUGUUAUGGGAACCACUAUGAGUCCAAAUUUCAAGCGUUCAGAAGGGAGUAGUAAGGCUUCGGAUUUCACUCGAAAAAUAAAUGUACCAUGUCAACACAUCCAUUCAUGUGUUCUUGGCGUUUCAGUCAGUCUAGUUUGUCCAGAAGAGCACCCUUGGGCGUUUUCCAACGGCACUAAAUGUUGCAAUACAUUUCGGACAUCUACAUUCAACUCACUCCAGUUCGAGGAUUCGGAAUGCUUUUCCGCGUGGAUCGAAUGUCCGGCCAAACUUCCCCGAAAAUGUGUGUCUUUAGAAAAACCGGUUGUAUGUCCCAAAACAUAUCCGGUUAGCAUGGGUCUAGGAUGUUGUGCCUCGGAUCAUGCCAUUUUCGACCCUCAGAAUGAACUAUGCCGUGGACAGAAAUUGGAACCGUAUGUUUCAGUGCUUGAAUGUUGCGCCCAAUUUUUUGACAAGUCGAUCUGCAAGAAUAAGCAGCAGAGAUGCAUAACAAAUUACGAAGCUUUCCCUAUCCCUAGGCCGUUAAAAAAAAUUCUGGAGGAAGGAGAUAAUUGGAGAGUAAGCGAUACUGCUGCCAAUGUUUUUGAAGAUGCGUCGAUGUGCAAUGGCAUACAAGGAAUGUAUUGGCUGCCGAGGAGUAACUCAACAAUAAGUGGUUACUUCAUAAUGGAUCUUGGACUUCACAUGCAAAUUCAGCAAUUUAAAAUGAGAAACGAUUACCACGACGUUAAAAAUUCUGGCUCAAAGGACAUCGAAAUCAAGAUUUCGAAUUACACGGAUUCAGCUUGGAUGUCCGUGGUAAAUGUAACUCUGGAUGAUCCCUUAUUGUUUGGGCAUUGUGAUACCCCAUUGGAAGUCAUCAAGAUUCCUCAUGCCAUCAUCUGUCGCUAUGUGUUUUUAAUAGCUCACACCAGCUAUCGGAAAGCUGCUGCCUUAAGAUACUUUGAUGUUGAAUAAAAGGAUCAUGUUUAUCCCAAACAAAGGCGUUACCUUUUAUCAACACUGGCGCAUAUUCAAAUGCGAGGGAGAAUUAUGAGUGUAAAAGUGAUCAGGGUUUGCCAAAUGAAUUUAUUCGAAUUAACACAUUAACCUCUGCGACCUUGUUCUGUAGGUCUUGAAAUUAUUGUGGCAAAAUUUGCCGUUAACCGCAAAUGGCGAUUCUUCAUUUAAAUAGCUGGAGAGAAAGACAAAAGAACCAAAUGGAAUUGGUUCAAAAAAUGAAAUGAGACGAACUAAAUCAACUAUGCUUUUC